AUUACCCGCAGUCUUCGGGUGUGUGCCAAGUAACGUUAUCGUGGCUUCCCUGGAUACAUAGCAGUGUGGGCACACCAUGGGUCAAACGGUAUGCGGCUUGCGCUUGAUAUUUGGCUGUGUUCACCGGGUGGCACCUGGGCCUGAGGGCCCGUAUAGAUUCUUUCUUUCGAAUCCCUGUCGGUUGUGGGUUUCAAUUCGGCCAACCUUGAAUUAUUAAACAUCAGCAUUGCAUCCUUCGGGACUUUUGGGAGCAGUGCUCAUACUUCCGGUAUGAGUUUCGCUAUCGGCCGGUCGUUCACGUUUCUUGUAGGCCCGCAUUCAGAAUAUAAAGACCCGGACCUGGCACACAACCUGGACAUUCAAACAACCAACUCACUAUGUUCUCUCAAGCUCUCAUUGUUCGCGCUGAUAGCAUCGCUCGUCAUCUCGAGACGGUCUUCCUUUUUACAAAGAAUGAUGUCAGAACCACUCUGAUACCCGUUACCAUAUUCGCACUAUCCGCGGCUCACAAAUAUGAUCCCGUCCACGCUUGGCAGGCUCCUUUGUGGAUAUGGCUCCACUUAUUGCAGUUCAACAUUGCAAACCAGAUCCAGGAUCCGGAGGAGGACCGCAAGAACAAGCCCUCCCGUCCGAUACCUGCUGGUCGCAUUUCUGUCGACAGCGCAGCUGAUAUACGCUGGGUGAUGGUCCCAGUCUGCUUGAUGCUGUCGCUGUGGUACGGCACUCAGGCUCUGCUUGCAAGCACCGUUUUUGCAGUGUUGACGAUCUGGUACAACGAACUUAACGGUGAUAAAAUGGGAUUGUCGAAGAAUGUACUCACAGCCAUCCUCUACGGGUGCCUGGAGGUCGGAGGAACCAUUGCUGCCGGUUCUUGCAACUCAUGCAUCGAUAAGGCUGGUGCUUUGGCGGUCGCACUUAGCUCGACAGCCUUUGCGACUACACUUCAUGCACAAGACUUCAAGGAUGAAGAAGGUGACCGCCUCACUGGCAGGCGCACGCUACCUACAAUCUUCCCCAAAGCCGCGCGCUUUUCAAUGAUGGUCGGCAUUCCCCUCUGGUCAUUUGUCUUGAGCCGUGUCUGGAAGCUAGAUGCGCUCUCUACCGCCGCAUUUGUAGCUUACGGCGCAUUUGUGGGAACCCGAUUUGUGAUGUACAACACAGUAGGCGCCGACAAGCAGUCCUGCAAAUUUUAUAGCUUGUGGUACUCGCUCGGCCAUUUACUUCCGGGUUACUGGCGUUUCUUUUAUGGUGUUUGAGUAUCCGGAGUUGAAAGCUGCAUUUUCCCCGUUC